AUACUCGGUGCAUAUAGUGGACAACAAAAAUAUGUUUUCUUUCACUUUACACUUUUAAACUUAUAUCUUAUCAUUUUCGUCCUCUUCCAUUCCAUUUGCAAAUUCCUAGCCAUGGACAUUUUCUCACUUCAAACACUUAUCUUCACUAUCUUAAUAUCUCUCUUUCUCUAUUAUUUUUUAUUUCUCCUUAAAAAUACCAAAAAACCAGGCUUCAAUAUCUACCCACUCGUCGGAGCUUUACCGGAGUUUCUCCUUAACCGUCACCGUUUUCUGGAAUGGACCACCGACGUACUCUCCAAUUGCGCCACCAAUACCGCCGUUUUCUACCGUCCUGGUAAUGUUCACGGCGUCAUCACUGCCAAUCCACUCAACGUUGAGCAUAUGCUCAAAACUAAUUUUGAGAAUUUUCCUAAAGGCAUCCGUUUCUAUACUCGGCUUGAAGAUUUUCUUGGUGAUGGCAUAUUUAAUGUUGAUGGUGAAAUAUGGAAAAUUCAACGGAAAUCUGCUAGUUAUGAAUUUAGCACCAGAUCUCUUCGGAAUUUCGUCAUAGAAACUGCACAGGUGGAGAUACAUACACGUUUGAUUCCAAUUCUUGAAGAAGCAGCCAAAACGGAUAGAAUUAUUGACAUUCAAGACAUCUUAGAGAGAUUUGCAUUUGAUAAUAUAAUCAAGCUUGCAUUCAAUGUGGAUCCAAAUUGUUUAGGUGGAGCUGAAAGUGAAUUCAUGCAAGCUUUCGAAAUUGCAACAACUCUAAGUUCAGGUAGGUUUAUGUAUGCUAUUCCCUUUCUUUACAAAAUCAAGAAAUUCUUGAACAUUGGAUCAGAAAAAACCCUACAAAAAUCAAUCAAGAUUGUACACGAAUUCGCGGAUAAGAUCAUAAAUUCAAGAAUGGAAGAGCGAGCUGAGAAAAAAGAUGAAGACUUGUUAUCAAGAUUCAUGGGGGAUACUCAAUUCUCACCUAAAUUUUUAAGGGACAUAGUCAUUAGUUUCAUAUUAGCCGGUCGAGACACGACAUCAUCGGCUCUCACUUGGUUUUUUUGGAUAUUAUCUUCAAGGAAAGAUAUAGAGGAAAAAAUAUUAGAAGAAUUAGAAGAAAUUCGUGGAAGAAAUGGGAAAAAGAUUGGUGAAGCUUAUAAUUUUGACGAAUUAAGAGAAAUGAAGUAUCUUCAUUCAGCUAUUUCAGAAGCAAUGAGGUUAUAUCCACCUGUACCGAUUGAUACAAGGUCAUGUUUGAAAGAUGAUAUUUUACCAGAUGGGACUUUUAUUGGUAAAGAUUGGUUUUUUAGUUAUCAAACUUAUAGUAUGGGAAGAAUGGAAAAUAUUUGGGGUAAAGAUUGUGGUGAGUACAAACCAGAAAGAUGGUUUGAUGAAAAUGGAGUUUAUAAGCAAGAAAGUCCAUUUAAAUAUCCAGUGUUUCAUGCUGGACCAAGAAUGUGUCUUGGAAAAGACAUGGCUUAUAUUCAGAUGAAGUCAAUUGCAGCUUCUGUUUUAGAAAAGUUUGAAUUAGAUGUUCAAUUAGAGAAUGGAAAAUGUCCUGAGUAUGUGUUAUCUUUGACUCUAAGAAUGAAAGGAGGAUUACCUAUGAAGGUAAAAGAAAGAUAUGACCAAUAAUUAAUUUUGGGUUUCGGGUUUUGGUCACAUGUACAGUAUAGCUUAUUCUAAAUAAAAGUUUGCUGCAUGUUUCUUCGUAAUUUGCUUUCUUUGGAAGAAAGGGAAAGUUUUGGUAAGAAUAUAUGUGGAUCAUUGAUUUGAAUAAUGUAAUGUGAUCACAAUCUAAAGUUUAAUUUAGAGUGCUGACAUUCUUCAGUUUAA